CCGGAUCUCUGCAAAUAAAACGAUGUGGAUUUCAGUUCUGCUGAUUAGUUUCCUACCUGUUUCAGGUGCAUUUUGGGCAGAGAAAUAUGUAAGAGGAGUUGUGGGAAGAACAGUCACAAUCGAUUGUCACUAUGAAGCAAUGUACCUCUUUCACACAAAAUUUUGGUGCAUUGGAUUCAACCACCCAUGUUCAACUGUAGUGGAAACACAUGGGCACCCAGAACGGAGUGAAAGAGUGUCAAUCACAGAUAACCGGAUACGAGGAGUGUUUACCGUUACUAUGGAGGAUCUUCACCCUGGAGAUACAGGAUGGUACAGUUGUGGAAUUACAACAUCUGGCGACAAUCCACUGUUUGGAGUAUAUCUACUGGUAUCUGACGAACCCGUGUCUGUUCCAGUGCUCGGAUUUCUGUCGCCAGCAAAUGUUUCACGUCUCGGGGGCUCAGUGACAGUGUCCUGUGAGUCUGUGCAGGGAUCCCUUCCCAUUCAGUACACAUGGUAUGAAAACAAUUCAUCUGGGCAUUCAAAGAUCUCAGAUACUAAUAAACUGGAUCUACAUUGUCAAUCCUUCAAACAUCAACGUCAUCAAUAUUACUGCACAGCCUCAAAUUGGCAUGGAGCAAAAUCCAGUGAAAUGGUCAACGUGACCAUCUUCAACAAUGGAGAGAACUGCAGUUAUGUGACAGAAAUCAAUGGCACUAUUUCAGGUGCUUUAUGGGCAGAAGAUAAAGUAAGAGGAGUUGUGGGAAGAGCGAUCACAAUCGAUUGUCACUAUGCACCAAUGUACCGUUCACACACAAAGUAUUGGUGCCGCAUGUGGGAUCACCAGUGUACAGUUUUAGUGGAAACAAAUGGGACACAAGGACAGAGUGGAAGACGGUCAAUCACAGAUAACCCAGGGCCGGGAAUAUUUACUGUUACUGUGGAGGAUCUUCGCUCUGGAGAUACAGGGUGGUAUAGAUGUGGAAUUACAACAUCUGGCAACAAUCCAACAUUUGUCGUACAUCUACGAGUCUCUGACAAACCCGUAUCUGUUCCGGUACUUGGAUUUCUGUCAGCUCCAAACGAUUCACACCUUGCGGAUUCAGCAUCAAUGUCAUGUGAGUCUGUCCAGGGAUCCCUUCCCAUUCAAUACUCAUGGUAUGAAAAGACACCAUCUAUGGAUUCAAAGAUCUCAAACACCAAUGAACUGGAUCUACAUUGUCAACCUUUCAAACACCAACUCUAUCAAUAUUACUGCAAAGCCACAAAUAUUCUUGGAACAAAAUCCAGUGAAAUGGUGAACAUAUCCAUCUACAACAGAGGAGGGAAGUACAAGUAUCUGAUGGAAUUGAGUCACGGGGUUUCAGGUGCAUUGUGGGCAGAGAAAUAUGUAAGAGGAGUUGUGGGAAGAGUGAUCACAAUCGAUUGUCACUAUGGAGCAACGUACCGCUCACACACAAAGUAUUGGUGCCGUGGACGGACUCGUCACUGUUCAGUUUUAGUGGAAACAAAUAGGCAACACGGACGGAGUGGACGAGUGUCAAUCACAGAUAACCCGGAACAGGGAAUAUUUAUUGUUACUAUGGAGAAUCUUCAAACCAGAGAUACAGGAUGGUACAGCUGUGGAAUUACAACAGUCGGUUAUGAUCCAUUAUUUUACGUAGAUCUACAAGUAUCUGUUGAACCUGUGUCUGUUCCUGUGCUUCGAUAUCUGUCACCAGCAAAUGUCUCACGUCUCGGGGGCUCAGUGUCAGUUUCCUGUGAGUGUUUCCAGGGAUCUCUUCCCAUUCAGUAUACUUGGUAUGAAGAAACCUCAUCUGGGUAUCAAAAGGUAUCAGGCACCAAUAAACUGGCUUUACAUUGUCAAUCCUUCAACCAGCAGCACCAUCGAUAUUACUGCAGAGCCUUGAAUUGGCUUGGAGCAAGAUCCAGUGCAACGGUUAAUGUGACAGUCUUCAACAACGGAGAGAUCUGCAGCUACGUGACAGAAAUCAAUGGCACCAUUUCAGGUGCUUUAUGGGCAGAAGAUAAAGUGAGAGGAGUUGUGGGAAGAGCGAUCACAAUCGAUUGGCACUAUGCACUAAUAUAUCGCUCAAACUCAAAGUUUUUGUGCCGCAUAUGGGAUCGCCGAUGCACAUCCAGAGUGAAUACAAAUGGGCAAAAUGAGCAGUAUGGAAGAAUGACAAUCAGAGAUAACACAUCCCAGGGAAUAUUUACUGUUACUAUGGAGCACCUUGACUCUAACGAUACAGGGGAUUACAUAUGUGUAAUUACAUCAUCUGGCAAUUCUCCAAUAUUUAACGUGUAUCUACAAGUAUCUGAUGAACCCGUGUCUGUUCCUUUGCUUCGAUUUUCACCACCAACAAGUGGCUCAAGUUGUAGGGACUCUGUAUCAGUGUCCUGUGAGUCUGUCCAUGGAUCCCUUCCCAUUCAGUACUCAUGGUAUGAAAAGACCCCAUCUGUGGAUUCAAAGAUCUCUGACACAAAUAAACUGGAUCUACGCUGUCAAUCCUUAAAAUACAAAAAUCAUCUAUAUUAUUGCAAAGCCUCAAAUGUUAAUGGAACAAUGUCCAGUGAAAUGGUCAACGUAUCCAUCUCCAACAGUGUCAGGACCUGCAGAAAUGUGAUUGAAGUCAACAGCAUGGGGCCAAUCCAUUUCUGUGAAAAUACUGUGACAGAAUCUACGACAACUACACAAGGGGAAGAAUCUAAAUCAGAUAAAAUGCCUACUUACAUAAUUGUGCUCAGUGUCGUUGGAACUCUUCUCAUACUACUUGUCAUUUGUCUACUUUGCUACCUGAAGAGAAAAAACAGGGAAUCUAAGCACAACACAACUCACGGAGAAGGCAACAAGGAUACCCAGGAACUGGCCAUGAUGGAAGAAAACAUCGUUUAUGCAGAUCUACACCAUGUUCGAAGCAAUGAGGCAGCUGCCCAGUUGGCUAACAGUGAAAAUGGAAAUGUGUAUGCCAACGUGAAAUUUAAAAGAAGAUCAAGAGCAGUGCACUCUUUUACUGAUGAGGACAGUGUCACCUACGCAGAUAUCAAAUUUCAGAGCCAACCCGCAAGGCCCAAACGGAAAACUUCCUCUCCUCGUACCCCACAGGACUUGGAAUAAGCUUGAUAAAGUAAUUAUGUGGAUGAAUUAAGGCAGAAGAGUUGCGCUCAGAGGCCACUUUAUUAGGUACACCUGUUGAUGCUUGUUAAUGAAAAUAUCUAAUCAGCCAAUCAUGUAGCAGCAACUAGAUGCAUAAAAGCAUGUAUGUCAGUGUGUUCUGCAUUGAAAAGUGUUCUUCUGCACACCACUGUUGUAACACAUGUUUAUUUAAAUUACUGUCACCUUCCACCAGUCUGGCCAUUGUCCUCUAUAAGACCUCUUUAUUUAAUCUUUCUUCUGGUUCUUCUGGGAGUCAGGAAGGAUGUGCAUCUUAAUUCUAAUGAUUGUUUAUUUUAAACUACAAACAAACAGACAAAUACAAAGCAAAAUAAAUUAAGAGCUGAGUAACAAAGUAAGAGGUAAAUGAACAGCAAAGAAUACAAAGGCAAAAAGAUGGCACCUCUGAAAAAUCCAUUACUUUUAUAGCUAAGUAGAAUUCCUUAUAGAGAAAAAAUGGCUUAAUACAAUACAUAAUUGAAACAAUUACCUCACGUGGGUAAUGUGCUAAUACUUACCCAGUGAAAAAUGAGAAAAAUGAUAAACCAUGAGUUUAACUGCUAUAACGCUUUCUGCCAAUGAGUGGGGACAAACCAGCACGUACGGUGAAAAAUACGUGAGUUUUUUAAAAAGUACAGAUCUUAUAGAAAGAAUUACUUUAAAAAUGCAGUGGUUUCCAACACCUCUGACCUCUCUCAGUAACAAGGCAUUUGCACGCAUAGAACUGCCACUCACUGGAUCUUUUUUUUUGUUAAUCGCUUAUGUCACAUUUCUUCUCCAUUCCAAUGUUUGUUCUGAACAACAACUGAACCUCUUGACCAGAUCUGCAUGCUUUUAUGCAUCACAUUGCUACCACAUGAUUGGCUGAUUAGGAAUUUGCGUUAUGAGCAGGUGAACAGGUGUACCCAAUCGAGUGGCCACUGAGUGUAACUCUUUUGCUUUAAUCUAUCCACAUAAUUACUUUGUCAAGCUUUUUUCUGAGCUGCUUCUUCCACCCAGGCCCCUUUCUAGCUCCUCUUCAUCAGCAAGUAUGACCUAUUGGAAGCAAGGGUCUGAGUCUAGAUCUCUCUGUGUUACUGCCCGUUCAGCUGCUGGCAUUUUGGGCACCAAUGAAUGUCCUCCAUCUCUGGUGGUGUUCAGGGCUUCCUUCAUCAUGUCAGUAGCUUCCUCUCAGUUUUCACUCUUGGUAGCUGGGCAAAUCCCAGGUUGAGAAUCAGCAAUACCAUCUCACUCAGAUGCAGAAGGACUCUUCAUUGCUGUUUCUAUAACAGUUUUGUUUUACCUGUCAGGGUUGUUAGCCCUGAGCUGAAACCCCGAACCUGGAGGACCGGUGGACCACUCUUAGUCUGGCCUCUGCACUUUGACCUGAUUGGCAAGGAUAACCCUACCAAGAGACAAAGCAUAGCUCUCUGGGUCACUGAGGCACACAAGCCUUCAAACCUUGACAAGGUUGUGGUCCUCUUGGAGGCUAGAUCACCCCUACAAAUGUCAAAAUGCCCUUGCUCCUCUUUCUGAGUUCUACAAUAUUCACUCAAGACACACCCUCCUCAGUCAUAACUUUUUUCACCUAUUUAAAUGCUAACAGAGUGAUUAUCAUGUUCCAAUUAUACAGAGCCCUGGUAAGACUGCAUCUGGACCAUUUUGUGUUUCUUUCCACCUGAGGAAGGAUACAGUUACAAUGGAUUGAGUACAGCAAACUUUUCCCAGAAGGAUUCUUGGGAUUUUGAGUUUGUUAUAUAAUGAGAGAUUGCUGUAUGAGACUGACUGGAAAUCUACUCUCUCACCUUUUGAGGCAAAUUCAGCGAAACAAAGAAUAUAGAAUGUAGAUCAUAUCAAGGUAUAACACAGGGAAAGGCCCUUUGGCUCAUCCUGUCUGUGCUGACCAUUAUUCCAGUCCAACUAAUUCCAUCUGUCUGCACGUUCUUACCUGUCCAUGUGUCUGUUUAAAUACCUUUUCAAUGUUGCUAUUGUAUCUGCUUCCACCACAUCCCUUGGUAGACAAUUCCAGGCACUACUUAUACUCCCUGUGUAUUUAAAAAAAAUGUCUCUCACAUCCCCUUCAAAGUUUCUACUGUACACCUUAAAUGUGGGUCCUUUUGUAUUUUACACUUCUACCCUGGAAGCUAUGACUAUCUCUCCUAUCUAUGCCUUUCGUAAUUUCACACCUUUCCAAUAGCUCGCCCCUCAGGCUCUGACACUCCAACUUGUCCAAGCUCCCCAUAUAGCUAUUACACUCUAAUCCAGGCAAAACCAUGGUUAACCUCUAUUGUACAGACAUCUCCGAAGCCUCCACAUUCUUUCUAUAGCAUGAAGACCGAAACUACAGUCAAUUACUCUAAGUAUUGCCAAAGUUUUACACAGUUGCAACAUGACUUGCCAACUUUCAUACUCAAUGCUGGCAAGCAUGCCAUACACUGCCUUUACUGCCCUGCUCACUCGCAUUGUUACUUUCGGGAGCUGUGGACUUGCAUGUCACAAUCUCAUUGUAGAUCAGUGCUCCACAGCGUCCUGCCAGUAACUAUAUAAUUUUGUCUUGCAUUUUACCUCCCAAAAUGCAACACCUCAUGCUUGCGUGAUUUGAAGUCUAUAUGUCUUUUCUCUGUCCCAAUUCCCAGCUGAUCUAUAUCUUGCUGUAUCCUUCGACCACAUUCUUCACUAUCCACAGAUCCUACAAUUUUAUUUUGUCUACAAAACUACCUAUAUUUUCAUGCAAAUCAUUUAUAUCUAUUACAAGCAACAGAGAUCCAAGCACUGAAUCUUACAGAGCUCCACUGGUCACAGGCCUCCAGUCAGAUAAUCACCCCUCCACCAUGGCCUUAGUUGUCUGUCAACAUGCCAACUUUGCUUCUAACUUACAAACUCACUAUGGAUCCUGUGUUACUUGAUUUUCUGGACCAGCAUAAUAUGAAGGACCAUGACAAAAGAUUUACAACAGACCAUGUGUAAAACAUCUACUACAUUCCCCUUAUCAGUCAUUUUCUUCACUGCUGUGUAUUAUCCAGGAGUUAUAAAAUUAUAGAGAUAAUUGGUAUUAAUUAAAAAUGGGAGCAAAGCUUCCUGAAGUACAAUGUAAUCCACUGAUUGUCAAAGAGUUUUGAAACCAAUCACUGAGUGUGAGACAUUCUGAUUCUAAAGCAACAUACACAGAAGGCUGGAGGAACAGGCAGCAUCCACGGGAGUGAAUGAACAGUCGAUGUUUGGGUCCGAGAUUCUUCAUCAGGAGUGGAAAGGAAGGGUGAAGAUGCCAGAAUAAAAAGGAGGGGGAGGGAAAGGAGGAUAGCUGGAAGGUGAAACCAGGUGAGUUUGAAAGAUAAAGGCUGGAGAAGAAGGGCUGGACUCUGAUAGAAGAGGAGAGUGGACCAUAGGAGAAAGGGAAGAUGGAGGGGUCCCGGGGGAGGUAGAGGCAGUUAAGAAAAGGUAAGAGGCCAGAGUGGGGAAUUGAAGAAGAGUGAAGGGGGAAGGACUUUUAUUUAACAGGAUGGAGUAACCAAUAUUCAUGCUAUUAGGUUAGCGGUUAACCAGAUGAAAUAUAAGGUGUUGCUCCUUCACCCUGAGGGUGGCCUCGUCUGAUUCUAUACCACCCCAGUGUGAGACAAUAGAAGAAUGGUGAUAUUAAAUUGCACUUAAUCAAGCCUUCAGGAUAAAAUCAGGGGAACCAUUAAGUGGCCGUCUCCUGAAUUAAUACAGUAUUAAAGGCCUUUGUAUAGUCAGGGGGUCAUUGCUCAACUUUGCAAUAAAAAAUAUACAUUUUGGGUGCCUGGUGCUUAUGCUGAGAUGCUCUUGGACCAGCCACAAGUCUAUUAAAAUUCAGAUAUGCUGUUCAUUUGGGAUGUCCUUCCAUUAUAAAUAUGCAAUUCUGCAAAAGCUGCCAGUCUAUUUUUAAGAAUUAAAGUUAAGGAUUAAGUAACAAUAGCUAUUAAAUUGCAUUUAUUCACUGUUUGUUGUCUUUUUAUU